GGCAUACCGCUGCCAACUAAGGUCAACUAGUAUCCGUAGGAGUGUCAGCAAGUGUAUGUCUGUGCUGUUUGUUUGAGGUUCUCUCGAAACAAUGACCGACUUCAAAAACUACCACAGAAGAUUCAUCGCUGAAUUUAUCGAAUUGUAUAAAUCGUAUCCAACCCUUUGGAACCUGAAGUCCCCCGAAUACAACGACAGGGACAGUAAACGAGAUGCUUACGUUACACUUAUAAAGAAGCUGCAAGAAAUAGAACCGAAAUGUACCAAGCAGGAUGUUAUAAAGAAGAUUAACUCUUUGCGUAGUGCAUUCAGAAGGGAGUACAGGAAAGUGACAAGAAUGAGAGCCGUUGGGAAACUUUACAAUCCGACACUGUGGUACUAUGAUUUAAUUUCUUUCACGAUAAAUGGUAGUCGAAGAAAGUUUAGGCGCGUCAAAGAAACGAAUAAAGCAAACCCAGACAGGGAAACACCAGCAGAUCCUCUCAGUUUAACCAUCAAGCAGGAAGACGAUUCGAUUACUGAAGACUAUCCAUCGUUCGAAACAGACGAACGUAGCAUAGUUAGUCAAGAUGGCCCCAGUACAAAUUCUUUUAAACACGGUCAAGAUGAGUUCGAUGCUAUCGGUUACAAUGUUGCUUCUAAACUCCGAAAAAUGGACAGAAAUCAAAGGAUCAUAGCCGAACGGAUAAUAGCCGAAACGUUAUUUCAAGGCCAAAUGGGUAUACUGAGUGUUAAUACAUCUUCCUCUGAUUUUGUUCCAACCCUUGUCUGCGAUCCUCACGAUGUGAAGUCUAAUUCCAGUUUGCCUCCAUAGAAAAAUUGUAGAAGAAAAAUUUAAAUGCUGUGAUAGUUCAGUGGCUUUUGAGUUCAAUAAUUAGUUAUUUUUUAUAAUUAAAAUAGUUUUACUAUACACUUUUAUUCCUCGUAUAUGGUUUGUUUAUUGCAGUAAAGUGUUGUAAAAAUAAAAAAACUAUUUUUAUAUUAGGUAACAACCUUUAACAGUUAGUUAGUUAGUUAGUUAGCUUUUUUUCUACUAAAUUGACAGGUGAUAAAUAAAUUUUGACAUAAAUAUUAGUACAAAAGGUAGA